CUUCUGAAAAAUACCAUACAACGGUUAAUUCGGCUUUGGGUGAAACUGAUAACCGGGAAAUCCUGGAUAAGCUCAAAAAAAUGAAAAAAAUGGUGAAUGAAAAAAAGAUGAUGGAAGACUGGGAAUCCUGGAUGCAACAGAAAACAGCGAUUCUUGUUCGUCGUAAUAUACGUAGUACCAAUCUUAAUCUUCAUCAAGAAAUAAACACGCUGUCACUAAACAAGGACGAAUCAUUGGCAAAAAAUACCAACUUAGGUAUAAGUGAAAAAGAUCAGGAAGAUCAGGAAGAGGAAGAUAUGUUCUGGCCCAAAUCAGAAAUCAGCCCAUUCCGGGAAUGGGCCAGGCCCAU